AUGGCGUUAAUUCUUGUUGGGCCCACUUGGCGUUCAAAGGGGAGCCUUGCUCCUGAAAGCCUAAGCAAUGCAAAAAGGAUUACCAAACGUCCAAAAGACAGCUUUACACAGAAAAUGGAAGGUCAAGACAUAUGGGAAGUGAUGCAAGGUAGCGAUGUUGUUGCUCCUAGAGACAAUGCCGAUGGUGCUCUGCGUAAGUGGAAAGUUAAGGAUGGGAAGGUUAUGUUCAUACUCAAGACAACCGUUGAAGAGGAUUUGUUGGAGCAUAUAAAGGAUGCAGAAAGUCCAAAAGCUGCGUGGGAUAAACUGGCCGAAUUGUUGAAUAAAAAGAAUGAUGCUCGUCUUCAAUUGUUAGAAAACGAGCUAUUGGGCAUAAGACAAAAUGAGUUGACGAUUGCUCAAUAUUUUCACAAGGUGAAAACCUUGUGUAGGGAGAUCGGGGAACUAGAUGAAGAAGCGGCCAUUGGAGAUGCUCAUAAGAAACGGAUUAUUAUCCAUGGAUUGAGGCCGGAAUUUAGAUCCUUUGUUUCAGCAAUCCAUGGAUGGCCAACACAACUGUCUUUGGGAGAGUUUGAGAAUCUGUUAGCCAGCCAAGAGGCCUUAGCCAAGCAAAUGGGAACAUUGAGUGUUGGUUCGUCUUCAGCCUCAAAUUCCUCCAAGAAUGAAGCGGAGGCUUUGUAUGCAGAUAGAAAGAAAGGCAAGGGGCAACAAGGAAACAACUACAAAAAUUUUUCUUGUGACCAUGAGAAGAAUAAGUCUUCAAAGGAGGAAGGGAACGCAGUAGCAAUUAAUGAUGAGGAAAGUUGGGAUGCCAAGGCAUAUGUUGCCCAGGUUGUUGAAGAUGUGGCAUUUGCCGCCACUACUGAAUGUCAAAAGAACAAACUUGAUGAUUGGAUUAUGGACUCGGGGUGCUCUAAUCACAUGACUAGUGAUAAGAAUCGUCUAAGCAAACCAAUCAAAUAUGGAGGGAGCCGUGUGGUGGUUCUAGUAGAUAACGCAAAGUAUUCCAUACAAAUAUGGGCGAUGUGGCACUUCCAGGAGAUAAUGGAAAACAUGUGCUGA